AUGAAUAAUUUGAAUGAUCGUGCGUUAGUUAUUAUGGCUAUACAACAAUGCUGUGAUAUUAUAUUUUCUUCUUCGUCGGAUGACAGUGAAGAUGACAGCAAUGAAUUGUAUGAAUACGUAGUACAGAAUCUUGAGACUAAAACUGCAAUACCUCGGUUGCAGAAUUAUGUUGAAACCAUCGUACCACAAUUCAAUGAUGGACAAUUCAAAUCUCACUUCAGGAUGCUUCCAACCACAUUUGAAUAUGUAUUAACCAUAAUCGCUCCAAAGUUAAAAAGAAUGAAGCCGGGGUACAAAUCUAUUUCACCAAAUAAACAAUUUUUAAUUGCGAUAUGGAAAAUGGCUACUCCUGACUCUUACAGAUCAAUUUGUGAAAAAUUUGGUGUGGGGCGAGCUACUGCAUUAAGAUGUAUUAGAAGAGUCAUUGUUGCUUUAGAAAUGUUGGCACCAGUUUUCAUCACUUGGCCAAAUGAAGAAAAAGUUGAAGAAAUUAAAAAUGGAUUUUUUUCUAACAGUACUUUUCCAAAUGUUCUUGGUGCGAUUGAUGGGACACAUAUUAACAUUCCUGCACCACAUGACCAUCAAGAAACUUAUGUUAAUAGAAAAGGUCACCAUUCAAUUCAAUUACAAGCUGUGUGCGAUCAUAAAUGUCGUUUUAUUCAUUGCUAUGCUGGGAAUGUGGGUUCAGUACAUGAUCAACGGGUUUUCAGAUUAUCUGAACUGAAAAAUUACCUUGAUGACGCAACCAAAUUUCCUAAUAACACCCAUUUAAUUGGUGAUUCUGCUUAUACCUUGCAUGAACAUCUUAUGGUUCCAUACCGUGAUAAUGGGCACUUAACUCAAAAGCAAAAGAAUUUCAACUUUUGUCAUUCCUCUGCAAGGAUGGCAAUUGAACGGUCUUUUGGUUUCCUAAAAGGACGGUUUCGUAGUCUCCUAACAACAUUGGAUAUGAAGCGUGUCGAUCUAAUUCCCAAGUAUAUUAUUGCAUGCUGUAUUUUACAUAAUAUAUGCUUAUUACAAAAUGAUGAGUUUCCUGGUCUACCUGAAACAACACCGGUAAACGAAAAUAUACAAGCUCGUGGAGAGUUGGUUGCAAUUAAUCGUCAAGGAGCAUUCAAGAGGGACAAUUUGUGUGAUCAACUACCUUUUCGCCAUAUAUAA